AUGUCUGUCAGCAAGACCGGCGUGAUGGAAACCACCACGGCCGAUGUGCCUGUCAAGCAGUCUUUCGGUGCGCGGGUAGGUAGACACUACAAGAAGUGGUGGUGGGCACACUUGAUCAUAUUCGUUAUUGUGUUCCUCGUUGUUGCGUUGCCAGUAAUCUAUGUCGCGUAUCCCAACAUCGCACAGCACGAUGUCAGCGCCUCCACUCUUACUGUCGACAGCAUGAUCCUCAGUGAUCCCACCCCCGAUGGAUUCCACCUGAGUCAGGUCCAAACAAUUGGCUCACACAGCACAUAUCACCCCAAGAUCUAUGCUUUCGAUGCGGCUGUAUCUUUAGCUGGAGCUGCUUCCGCUUUCGCCACCGUCCGCGUCCCUACCGUCAAGUCUAAGGAUGGAGUGAAGGUUGAUGUUUCACAAGAUGUUGAUUUGAGUAACACGGCCGCCUUUGGAGGGUUCUCGACUGCAAUCAUGCUGAAUGAGGAAAUCGAAAUGAAUAUCUAUGGAAAGCCGAAGCUUCAGCAGGGUUCACUGCCCAAGGUGACCGUUACAUACAACAAAACAGUCACCAUGAAAGGUCUGAACAAGCUCAAAGGCUUCGAUGUGGUGGAGUUCCAGAUUCUAACAAACGCUACUACUUCACGAAACAUGAAUGGCACAGUCUAUAUUCCUAACCCUUCCGUGUUGACACUCUACAUGGGAAAUGUCACCCUGAAUCUUGCGGUUAAUGGUACCACCAUGGGUCAGACAUAUCUCGAGAACCUCGUCCUCAAGCCUGGAAAUAAUACCGUCCCAAUGAGCGCUACUGUACAGGAGCUCCAGAUCGCCAAUGCACUGAUCCUCGGUGGCGAUACGUACAAGGACGGUGUCAUGCCUUUCCAGAUUACAGGAAACUCCAGUGUAUACAAUGGCAAAGAGCUGCCAUAUUUCACCGAGGCACUGAAGUCCAAUAACCUCACUGUGAAUUUGAAUGUGACAGAGGCGCUUUCCAAUGCUGGUAUUAAACUUUGA